CCAACAAUGAUUUGUAGCAUGAAGCCCAUUGAGGGCUCUGCAAUAACAAUAGCCACUUGGAAGAGCAGGAGCAGUUUAUAAGGAGAGAACAGAGUAGAAAAGCAUCCCAAGGUCCCAUUAUAGAACAAAAAGAGUAGGGAACCCACUGCUGGCGCCGAAGACUUUUGGUAGGCUAGGGAAGGGGCAAUGGCUCUGGCUGUAGUUCUUGAUGGAUUCGCCGACGGCUUGCCGGCGGUGAAGGCUGCUCUGGCGCUGUUCCUCCCUCUCCUACUCUUCAUUGUGCUGCGCCACUUCAGUGAUGCCGCAAGAAGCAAUAGCAACCGAGAACACAAGAGGACGCCUCCUUCCCCUUCAGCGAUGCCGCUGAUCGGGCACCUCCACCUCAUCGCCGGUGGGCUCCCGCACGUCUCCCUGCGAGACCUCGCCGCGCGGCAGCAGGGUGAGGGGGGCCUCAUGCUGCUCCGCCUCGGAACGGUCCCGACGCUGGUGGUCUCGUCCUCGCACGCCGCGCAGCAGAUCCUGCGCACGCACGACGCGUCCUUCGCCUCGCGGCCGGGGUCCGUCGUCGGCGACAUACUCUCGUACGGGCCGUCGGACGUCGGGUUCGCGCCCUACGGCGAGUGGUGGCGGCAGGGCAAGAAGCUGGUCACCACGCACCUGCUCUCCGCGAAGAAGGUGCAGUCCAACCGCGCCGCCCGAGAGGAGGAGGUGGGCGCAGUGAUAGCCAGGACCCGUGGCGCGGCCGCGGCACACGCGCCUGUGGACAUGAGCGAGCUCCUGAGCUCGUUCACCAACGACAUAAUCUGCCGCGCGGUGGCAGGGAGGUCGUUCAGGGUGGAGGGCCGGAACAAGGUGUUCCGUGAGCUGAUCGAUGUCGGGAUGGCCGUCGUGGGGGGAUUCAACCUCGAGAACUUCUACCCUCGUCUGGCAAAGGUAGCCGGCGGCGUGCUCACGUGGCCAGCGCGCCGGGGAGCAGAGAGGCUGAGGCGCCGGUGGGACGACAUCCUUGACGCCCUCAUCGACGAGCACGCGAGAGAGAUGGCAGGUGCAGAUGGUCGCGGAGACCUGCAAGAGAGUGACUUCAUACAUGUGCUCUUGUCCGUACAAGAAGAGUAUGGACUCACCAGAAACAGCAUCAAGGGUAUCCUAGCUGAUAUGUUUACAGCGGGCACUGACACGGCAUAUCUGGUCCUAGAGUUUGCCAUGGCUGAGCUGAUGCUGCAUCAAGAUGCUCUGGCCAAGCUACAAGCCGAGGUGAGGAAGACAAUGCCUGACGGCCAGGAAACAAUCAGUGAGGAAAACCUAGCUGGAAUGACCUAUCUAAAGGCAGUCAUCAAAGAGACACUCCGCCUCCAUCCGCCAUCGCCGCUCCUUGUUCCACAUCUCUCCCUGGAGGAUUGUGAUGUGGACAACUACACGGUUCCUGCUGGCACAACUGUGUUCAUCAACGCCUGGGCAAUUGGGCGUGACCCGAGGAUGUGGAAUGCCCCAGAAGAGUUCAUGCCAGAGAGGUUCAUAGACAGUAAGGGAGACAUAACUGGUGCGGACUUCAGAGGAAACGACUUCCAGUUUUUGCCGUUCGGGUCAGGGCGGAGGAUAUGCCCUGGGGUAAACUUUGCAUUGGCUUCCAUUGAGAUCAUGUUGGCAAACCUUGUAUACCACUUUGACUGGGAGCUGCCUGAAGAUGUGCAUAAUAUUGAUAUGACCGAGGUGUUCGGGUUGACAGUGCGCCGGAAAGAGAAGCUCCUCCUCAUCCCAAGGUUUCAUCCUCCCAGUCCACAAGAGGAGUAGAUCACCUGGUGGAGAGUAGCACAUGUACAUCUUUUUUAUUCUUCAGCUAAAGCUGUAGUAGCCUGUAUGAGUAUUAGUAUAUAUAAUUACUCUAGCAACCGCCCUCUGCUAUUCAUGCCUGAGUAUGGAACUCCAAAACUGAUAUUGGAGAAGGCUAGAGUGUACCCUCUCCGUGUAACAGCCCUGUAAAUAAAGGAAGGGGCUGUCCAAGAUAGUCAUCCGGUCAACCUUUCACCCCCUUAGGUCUUGUUUAGUUCA